UACGCCCAGUGAGGUCUAGGGGCAACUACCGGUUAAAUCCUUAAUCCGUUCCGGCGGAGUUUUUGUUCCAUCUCUACAGCCCUUACGUGAGAGCGUCACAUGUAUCUGGGUUGUAUCAAUCGUUGUAUCAAUCGUUGUAUUAAUCGUUGUACCAAUCGUUAGGGUGUUUGAAUCUGAAGAAAGUGGUCGACGUGUGUUGUCGUGGUGGGUGGGACAUGUCUAACGCGAUGGAGAUCGUGAUCGUGGCUGAGACCACCGACCACGAACAGUCUCGGAGACGAUCCGCUCGCAACCCGACCCCAAGCGCCGAAGCACAAGACAACCAACAAGAGGACGUCGAAAUCAUCGCAGCGACCAAGAAACCGACCAAGAAUACGAAGCGGACAACGCCAGCCGGAGGAGAGGAUGGAUUGGACACGAGCAGGAAGAGCAGCACGUACGGAGACACGUUGCUGGAGAUGAUGCAGAGGUUGAUGGAGCAGCAAGCAACAAUCCAAGAGCUACAACACCAACACUAGGGAAGCCAACAGCAGAGCCAAGCGGCUGUUCAAGCGCUGCAGCGGCUGCUCCUCGAAAGCCAACAACAGAACAAGGAGGCCCAGCGCCAGAACC